UAUACUGCCUGUGAUGGAAUUUUCAUGGAAGUACAUACAUCACGGAUGUGCAGUAAUGGACACUGCACCUCAUUAGUUUUGGACCACAGGAAAUCUGGGCCCCUGGCAUUCCCUUGCAGGAGACACCAUGAACAUCUGGUGUCUUUGACAACAAAUCUGAGAAAUAUCCCUCCAGCACCUGAGAAACCUCUACCACCACUAAAGCUACACAGCAGAGCCAAAAUGAAACUUCCAGUAGAGGCCAAAGGAUUCGGAGUCACCCAUGAAAAUGCUCUUCAAGGUAUUGUUACAGAAUUGAAGGAGAAAUUCCCCAGUUACAGUCAAGAAAAAAGAGAGACACAAUGUCAGAAGAAAAAGAGGGAAACUGAAUGUACAGUUAACCUUGUUGCCAAAUGGCCGUCUACAAGUAAUAAAAUACAGUCACCCAAGCAAAAAAGGAGCACCUCUUUGGCAGAACACCUACAAAUCUCCUUAUGGACCAAAUCUCAGGCAGAAGAGGAAGGUAAAGAAGUUUUGGAAGACAUUACCAGCAAGCAAUCCCCCCUAAUGAGAGAAACUAGCAGGGUAUCCAGAAAGGGACAGCACAGAUGGCUGAAGCAGUUCUGGCAGAAUCGCAGCCUGGUGCUAGAGAGUGGGGUGCUGGAACAUCUCAGUAAACAGCAGCUGUUGUUGCAAGAGAGUAUGUAUGAGGUGGUGACCACAGAGUUCUCCUACUUGGAGAGUCUGACUGUGGCUGUGGACCAUUUCAUGGAGUCCCCUGCCCUCAGUCUGCUUCUAACACCUCAUGACCACAAGUCUCUCUUCUCCAGCAUUGCCAGGAUAAAAGAGAUUAGUCAAAAUUUUUUAGAUGCCAUGAUUAGGGAGCUGGAUACUAGCCUGUUCUUCGAUGUGUGUGUGGUCAUCCACCGAUACACCAGCCAACACUUUGGAGCCUAUGUGGACUAUGUUCGCAACAUGUCCUACCAGGAGCACACUCUGCACAACCUGCGGAAGCAGAACCCCCAGUUUGUGGAGAUCUUGGAUCAGCUGCAAGAGCACCCACUCUGCAAUCGCUUACCACUGAAGUCCUUCCUGGUUCUACCACUCCAAAGGGUCACACGCCUCAAAAUACUGGUGGAGAAUAUUCUGAAGAGGACAGAACAAGGAUCAAAAAACCAGACUUCUGCUCAGAUUGCCUUGAAGGAGAUCUCCAAGGUGGUGGAUUCCUGCAACAGGGAAGUGGGCAAAAUGAAACAGAUGGAGGAGCUUGUGCGCAUUGCCAACAAGACUGAGUUUGAGUGCAAAGCUCUGCCGCUGAUUUCAUCCUCUCGCUGGCUGGUGAGGCAGGGGGAACUGACUGAGCUCACGGACAAGGAGAACAUCUUUGGCCAAAGAAAGUUGUCACCAGUCUACCUUCUGCUCUUUAAUGACUUGCUGUUAGUGGCAGUCAAAAAAGGAGUGGACCGCUUUGUGGUGCAGGACCAUGUCCACCGUUCUCUUAUUGAGAUUAGUGAUGGAGAGGAUGUUGAGUGUGAGCUGGACAGGACGUUCCGACUGGUUCUGCUGAAGAACCACAAGGGGAGCACAUCUGAGCGCCUGCUGAGAGCUCCCUCCCUAGAAGAGAGGACCCUCUGGGUACAGGCACUAAGUCCACAGAAAAGAGGGGAGGAAGUGAUCUAUGAAGAGUGGGACUGCCCUCAGGUGCAGUGUACUGAAAGUUACUACACACAGCAACCUGGAGAGCUGAGUUUGCAACUGGGGGAUGUCAUAAACAUAAUCCAAAAGACUCAUGAUGGCUUCUUGGAGGGGAAGAAGCUCGUGGACGGGGAGCAGGGCUGGUUUCCCAUUAGUUGUGUGAGGGAAAUUGCCAAUGAACACGUUCAGAGGCGGAACCUCCGUCAGCGCUACCAUGUCCUGCAGACAGCCAGCCAUCUGCUGAGUCGCCGCUAUCUGCCGCAGGAAUGCCGCAACACCACUUGCUUCUGAUUGAGCCCUCGCAUUCUGCGGAAAGCCGAUGCCCGAACCUUUAAGUCUUGUGUAUCAGUAGGAAGAAAAUUUUUGCACCUAACUACAGUUACAUGAUGUAGCAGGAGGAAA